UAGCCUAAAACAAAUGGAAAUGCUCUAAGUGUUCAUAUUUGGGUAAAGCUAAAUAAUAAUUUGAACUAUGAGUUCAUCCCGAGUUAGACCGCAGCACCCUCCGCACAGCCCCGCGGCCAGGUCCCCACACAAGGACUCUACCGGAGGGAUAGAGAUGGAGAACAUCCAUCAUCAGGAUCUGGGACUCGGGGGAGUCAUUGGAACCCCAUCACCACCGUCCAGGCAAGCCUGGAGCCGGGACAACCCAGGGUUUGAGCCAGAGGAUGAGAUUAUGAAAGCGGACUGGCCUCCAUCGAGUCCCGGGUGCAGAUCUGCCUCCACGGCCUCCAGCAGCAGCUGCAGCAGCGGCCUGGGCAGCUUCACUGGCGGGGGCAACGGACACAUGCCCCGAGGAGCCAUGUACCCCACUCCCACAGUGGACAACCAGCAGCAGAACAGACACCCCAGCUGCAUGAAACUAAUACUCCACAAGAUCAGAGUUUUGUGGGGCACGGAGUUGAUGGAAGACAGUGACAGUAGCAGAGAAAGAUAUCUGUGGAACAUCUUAAGGGAAAUGCUUACAUAUAUUGCAUUCCUCAUCACUCUUUGUAUCUUAACAUAUGGGAUGGUGAGUGCCAAUAUGUACUACUAUACCAAAGUCAUGUCUCAACUUUUCCUGGACACACCACUGUCUGCUGGAGAUCCUGCAACAUUUAGAAAUCUUGCCACCAUGGAUGAUUUCUGGAAGUUCACAGAAGGACCUUUUCUUAACGGCAUGUACUGGGAUGUGUGGUACAAUAACAAAAGCCUGUCAACAAAUCAGAGCCUUAUUUACUAUGAAAAUCUCCUCCUUGGCGUGCCCCGGCUGAGACAGGUCAAAGUGCGCAACGAGUCGUGCUCUGUUCAUGAGGACCUCCGAGACAUAGUCCAGGACUGCUACGACAUGUACACCAUAAACAAUGAGGACACUGCAUCAUUUGGCCCCAAGAAGGGAACAGCAUUUGUGCACACUACAGAAAGUGAUAUGAAUAGCAGCAGUCACUGGGGCCAAGUGUCAAAAUAUGGAGGUGGAGGAUACUACCAAGACCUGUCCCGCACAAAAGGGGAAUCGUCACAUCAGUUGCAAUAUUUGAAGCAAAACUCGUGGCUCGACAGAGGCACCCGAGCAGUAUUCCUCGACUUCUCUGUCUACAAUGGCAAUAUCAAUCUUUUUUGCAUCAUCAGGUUGUUGGCAGAGUUCCCUGCUACAGGCGGCGUUGUGACCUCUUGGCAGUUUCAGACAGUGCGUUUGAUCCGUUAUGUGUCAAGCUGGGACUAUUUUGUGGGCUUCUGUGAGAUAGCUUUCUGCCUGUUCAUCCUUUAUUACGUGGUGGAAGAAGCUCUGGAAAUCCGCAUUCAUCGGCUGCAUUACUUCAAAAGUCUGUGGAACUGCCUUGAUGUUCUCAUCGUCAUGUUAAGCGUUGUUGCAAUUAUCAUGUUCAUAACCAGAACAGCCAUGGGGGGAAACCUUCUCAAGAUCCUGUUGGAGAACCACACAGCUCAUCCCAGUUUUGAAACCUUGGCUAACUUGCAGGUUCAGUACAACAAUGUAGCGGCUGUCAUUGUGUUCUUCUCGUGGGUUAAGCUCUUUAAAUUCAUCAACAUCAACAAAACAAUGAGCCAGCUGUCCACCACUAUGUCUCGCUGCGCCAAGGACCUGGUGGGGUUUGCCAUCAUGUUCUUCAUCAUCUUCUUGGCUUAUGCGCAGUUGGCAUACUUGGUGUUUGGAACGCAAGUCAACGAUUUUAGCACAUUCCAAGAUAGCAUUUUUACUCAGUUCCGCAUUAUCUUGGGAGACUUUGACUUUUCAGAAAUUGAGGAGGCAAACCCAGUCCUAGGACCGCUCUAUUUCACCACCUUUAUAUUUUUUAUUUUCUUUAUUCUCCUGAAUAUGUUCCUGGCCAUUAUUAAUGACACUUACUCAGAAGUGAAGGCAGACAUGUCGCAGCAAAGGUCUGAGAUGGAGAUGACAGAUCUAAUUAAGAAGGGCUGUAACAAAGCUCUGAUGAAGCUGAGGCUCAAGAAGACAACGGUUGAUGAUAUCUCGGACAGCCUGCGCCAAGCUGGGGGCAAGCUCAGCCUGGAUGAACUUCGUCAAGAUCUUAAGGGAAAAGGCCAUACAGAGGCAGAAAUUCAGGCAAUUUUUGCCAAGUAUGACCAAGAUGGUGACCAGGAGCUAACAGAGCAUGAACACCAACAAAUGAAGGAUGACCUAGAGAAAGAGAGAGAGGACUUGGAUCUAGAGCGUAACUCGAUGAGCAGACCUAGCACUGGGCGGAGCUUCCCUCGUACACAGGAAGACUCGGAGGAGGACGACGAUGAGGACAGUGGUCACAGCUCUCGCCGCCGUGGCAGCAGUUCUGGCGGUGUGUCCUAUGAGGAGUUUCAAGUGCUGGUGAGGCGUGUGGAUAGAAUGGAGCACUCAAUUGGCAGCAUUGUGUCGAAGAUAGAUGCUGUGAUAGUGAAGCUGGAGACCAUGGAGAGAGCCAAGCUCAAAAGAAGAGAUGUGCUCGGCAGAUUGCUGGAUGGAGUUAUGGAGGAUGAACGUUUGGAACGAGACUCAGAGGGGCACAGGGAGCAGAUGGAGCGGCUGGUGAGAGAGGAGCUGGAGCGUUGGGAAUCUGAUGACAUGGCCUCACAGGUGAGCCAUGCCCAGGCCGCUACCCCUGUGGGCCCACGGCCACGCCCUCCGUCCUCUCUGUCCACUGAUGGGCCUGAGAGCACCCUCAGCAGUGGACAUGUGUGAAGGAAAAAACAAGCAGUGGGAAUGCCAUGGAAAAAUUGAGCUGGACAUUUUCCUGUAUAAAAUAAUGAGGGACACAUACACCGCUUUUUGCACAAAGUGUGCUCACAGAAAGAAACACAUUUCUGUAAAAUCUCUUCAGACUGCAUUGCACUAUAGGUGUGUUUUUGUAAAAGUCUCUCCGGAGAAGUAAAGAAAAUAUGAAGGAUGUAAAUGCUGAAUUAUGAAGGUAUUGUAUAUUUGGUACUAUGCGGUCUUUACCAUAGCAAAUGUUACUACAUAGUAAGUGUGCUCAGCUGCUUUCUGUGUACUUUCACAUAAUUAUGAGCAUUCCACCAAAUACCAAAAAGCCAUUUGUUUGAAUGUUAAUGCAUUGUUUCAUCCUUAACUUACAUUAGGUACAAGUGUGGCACAUUCUGUCAUGUUUACUCACCUUCUGUAUACCAGUUAAGCUUCUAUUAUAGCUUAUUAUGCAUUUGUGAUACAUAUUGUAACGUUAAACAAACUUCAAUUUGGAGUGCAUCUAGAGUUCAUGGGAAACCCAUGCAUUUAUUUUUCAAUUGUGCCUUAUUUUUUAUAACGCAUUCCACUUUUAGCUAUUACACCAAUAAAGUAAUAAUACCUAUUA